CUCAACUUUUUUCGAGCCAUCCAAUCCCUUCCUCCUCUCCCUCACUCCUUUCUCUUCUUCAAGACCUCGGUUUCUUGUCAAAUACCUUCACAAUGGCUGACGAUCACCAUGAUGUUACCUUCGAGUCGGCCGACGCCGGUGCCUCGCUCACCUACCCCAUGCAGUGCUCUGCUCUGCGAAAGAACGGGUUUGUCGUGAUCAAGAACCGCCCUUGCAAGAUUGUCGACAUGUCCACCUCCAAGACCGGCAAGCACGGUCACGCCAAGGUCCAUCUCGUCGCUCUCGACAUCUUCACCGGCAAGAAGUACGAGGAUCUUUGCCCUUCCACCCACAACAUGGACGUUCCCAACGUCACCCGCCGCGAGUUCCAGCUGCUCGACAUCUCCGACGAUGGCUUCCUUUCCCUCAUGAACGAUGAUGGUGACACCAAGGACGACGUCAAGAUGCCCGACGGUGAGAUUGGCGACAAGAUCAACAAGCUCUUCAAGAUUGAUGAGAAGGACACCAACGUCGUCAUCCUUACCUCCAUGGGUGAGGAGGCCGCCGUUGAGGCCAAGGAGGCUCCCGGCCAGAACUAAAUCGCCUAACCUUUAAUCCGCACCCGACUUGAAGUGGUCCCUGGCCCCUCGGAACGCCAUCGAAAGAUGACAUAGACUGGGGGAUCCCUUUUUUUGAUGAAAUCUUGGCGCAUCAAUAUCCAUGGGCCAUGGGUUGGGCGUUGCGCAGAAGGAUUCUACCUGGACAGGAUUGUCUGCUGGUUAUGAUAAACGGCAAUCCUUAACACCCGAGCCUUUUGGCUCAAAACUAUUUCCCUUUGUUCCUAGCUCACAAGCUGCACAUGCCAUCAUGUCACGAAUUCGUAGCGGCAACUUUAUGAGAGAAAAAAAAAAUGGGAGAGCUUUGGAGUUGACAAACAUCUGUCCGAUAGAAGGCUAUUAAAACCUUUGGCAGGAUUG